CCAAUUUUGAAUUGAAAUUUUAAAUUAUUUCCUUAAAUUGAUUUCAACUGACAAGUGAGUUAUGUCGAUUAACAAUCUACCAAACGAGUGUCUUUUUAUGAUAUUUGACCAUUUUAAUGGAUUCGAUGAGUUGAUCCGAUUGUCCAAAGUCUCUCCAAGAUGGUUCUUGGUCGUUUUGCUGAAAUUCAGCAAAGUCAAAUAUCUUCAAUUAAUGGAUAAACGCCAAAGAGACGGUGACUACAUUGAGAAUGACAAACUUUGGAAAAAUACUAGAGAAACUUUGAAAAGUCACAAUUUAAGAGAUUUGUUUCCCAAUCUAAGGAUUAUGGAAGUUCCAAAGGAUGUUUUUCUCCGUCUUGAAUCAUAUGAUUUUAGAAGGUUGAUUAACGAACAUCCUAAAAUCAAAGGAUUAAUUGGACUUUAUGAACCUGUCGAGAACAGAUAUAACUUGGAAAAUAUCGAAAUGAUUUCAUCAGAUUUCAAAUUCGAAUUUAAAAAAGUCUUUCGGCCUAAUCAGUUGAAACAAAUUCGCUUAAAGCAAAUUUACAUGUCUGAAUUUUAUCAAUAUGUCGAAUACUUUCCGAGUUUGAAACGACUUAGCUUAACCCUCUAUUAUGAUUCAGCAAAACCUUACAAUGGGCCAAAAUUGCUCGAUUUAAAGAUCCUCGAAUUUACUCCGAGUUCUUGGGUGAAUAGAUUGAUCGGAUUGUACUUUAUGGAUUCUUGUCCGAAUUUACAAAGUGCUUUCCUCUAUUAUUCUGAUAAUGGUGGUUAUACGAAGGAUACCGUAAAUGAGUCCAUAAAGAAUUUCAAUCUAAGAGACUUGGUUAUCGUCCAUUCUCACCAUCUUACAUGGUCCUCAUUACGAAAAAUUUUGGCGAAAUUCCCGAAUUUACAUCAUUUUGCGAUUAGAGGCUGGUACUUGAUUGAAGACAAUCAUGUGGAAGAAUUGGUGAAAUUAUUACCAAAAAUAAAACUGUUGGACUUCAGAAAAUGUGAGAAUAUCACUCAAAGAUCAGCUGAUUUCUUGGCUAAAUAUUGUGCUAAAUCCAAACGAUCAAUUAAAAUCUAUUACGAUUGUGAAGAGGAACCAAUCGAAUGGCCCAAGUUGAACACUCCUCAAGAAUUGAUUGUUUACGGAUUUGAUUUCAUGAAACAUUGUUUUUUUAAAACUUGGGACUCACUUCCGCAUUUGAUUGAUGAAUAAAGUUGAUUUGAACAUAAUCAACUGAUAAUUUUCAUGAGAAAAUCUCUAAAAUUCUGCUAAGUUUCAAUUGAGCCAAUAAUAAUGAGGUAAGAUCGUGAAUAGUCCAAAAGAAUUUUGAUAUUUAUUGGAAUCGUUACCACAUCUUGGAGAGUAUCGAAUUGAUAUAAUAGGUAACAAAGUUACUAAAUUUUCUCGUGCAGAAUUUGACAAAUAUAGUGAAAUUUUGGAUAGUUUAAUUAAAAGCUCAACCUUUUGAACCCUGUUCAGAUCAU